AUGUCAACAGAUUUUGUCAAUAACCCUUCUGAAAUGAAAUUUAGAGGCUCUUUCUCGUACAAAAAUGACAACAUAAGUGUUGUUGAAUUUGGCAACAAUGUCAACAUGAGAAUCGAAAGAAUAAGUCCUAACAUCGCAAAAAUUUAUUUUGUGGAUGAUCGAGGAAAUAGUAUCCAAAUACCGAAUGGUGUCGUGCUUAGAGAUACUCUUAAUAACUUUAAUGAAACACCUCAACUAGUUAAUGGGUUUGGAACUUACUUUGUAUCUUGGAUUUCCAACUAUGUGUUACUGCUGAAUGGUGUUGCGGUGUUUGCAUUAAAAAAUCAAAAACAACAAUCAAUAGAAGGAGUAGAUGGAUUUAGAUACUCUAUGAUUGAGCAAUAG